UUUCCACCCAAUUCGCUUCCUUGAGUUCUUCCAUAUAUUGUACUAGAAAACUAAGAUUCUCUCUUUUCCCAUAGAUUUAUCUAUACUAGUUUUUUUUCUUCUUUUUCUGUAAAGAUCUAAAAUGGCUUCUCUACAACAGUUAACACUAGAUUUGAUAAGGCAGGAUCUUCUUGAUGAUAUUAUUUUUGCGGAAAAUUACGGCUUAUCGGAAACCAACACUAGUUUUGAUUCAAAAACUGAAUUAAAUAGCUUUAAAUUCGAGGCAAAAGCACCUCGUAUAAGUUCAAAUUCCCGGAAAUUCAGUUCAAAAACAGAGGAUUCAGUUCAGAAAAUGGAAAAUACCUUGGGGACGAAGCGUUACAGAGGGAUCAGGCUAAGGCGGGGUAAAUUUGUUGCAGAGGUUUGUGACCCGAGCCGAAAAGGGAAACGGAUUUGGCUAGGAACUUUUGAUACUGCAAUAGAUGCAGCCAGGGCAUAUGAUACUGCAGCGUUUAAGCUAAGAGGGAGCAGAGCAAUUCUGAAUUUCCCUCCACAAAAGAAGGACAUGGAAUUAAGAUUGCCUGAGAUAAAUGGCAUUUUUUACCCAAAGGACAACGAUUCACAGCGUUCAGAGAACAAUGGUACUGCACUGCUUGUUCCGCACGACUUAUUCAACAAUGAAGGGCUAGAGCAAGUUGAUUUAUUACUUCCGCAUGCAACAGAGGCAACUGUGAUGAACAGAGGAAGUAUGGUUAACGCGAAUGUAGCACAUGAUCAGUGCAACGACGGAGGAGAAAUAGUGCAGCCCGAUUUACAUUGUGUGAAAUCAUUUGUAGAAAUUGAUUCAAGGAGUAAUGACAAAGUGGAGCAUAAUGAUAUUGCUAGAGGAAGUUCAUCAUGUGAAAGACUAUUGGUUGAAGCUGAUGCAAUGACCAACAUUCAGAACGUAGAUUCAAUGAACAAGUGCACAAUAGCAAGGCUAGAAAAAGAUUAUGGGAUUACUCGCGAGAUUCUAGAGCAGCAUUUUGGGAAGACUCUUGUAGAUGCUGCCAAGACCCUACGUGUUAGUCGAUCAACAUUGAAACGAGUAUGUAGAGAAUACAAUAUCUCUAGAUGGCCACAUCAUAAGACCAGAAAGGUUUAUCACCGUGUUAGCCAAGGCGUAUCUCUACAAAGUGCUGAACAAUAUGUGGAAGAUACUCAACAAUGUCCUGAUCUGUCCCAAGAAAAAGGCACAGAUCUUUUGGCGCAUAAGAAAUCGCCUGCAGCAGAAAAACCUUGUGAUAAUCUGAUGACUUUAAAGGUUACAUAUAGAGGCGAUAUCAUUAAGUUUCAACUCUCCCCUUCAUCAACCAGGGUAGAACUGGAGGUGGAAGUGGAAAAGAGGCUUAACAUAUCACUUCAGAGGUUUUCAAUCAAGUAUCAAGAUGACGACGAUGAUUGGAUUUUGAUAACUAGUAAUUCAGAUUUGAGUUACGGUAUGAAUUCAUUAAGAUUGUUAGGAAGAACUACUAUGAAAUUACUGGUUACCCCAAUAUCUGAGACAUGAAUUUUCGCUAAGUUAUUAUGGUUCAUCUUUAUUGCCGAACUUUAGAGUGUUGUUUCUUUGCCAGUGAUAUUUGUUGUAUGUCUUUGAGCUCAUUAUAAAUAAUAGAGAAGUCUAAUUUGAAAACC